UUGCAGUUUGGAAUCAAAUCAGCUGGAGACUAAAAUGUCUGUCUUUGUGAUAGUGGGGCUGCUUCUCUGCAUUCAGACACCAGGGUCCAGCGCUGUGUUUGUGAAGAAGGGAGAAGAUGUUCUUCUGGAAGUCCCAAAAUCUUUUGCUCCUCAACAAAAGGAUAUUCUUAUAUGGAGAUUUAAUGUAAGGGACACUUUAGUAAGAUUUAUUCCUGGGAUAGAGCCAGAUAUCUUUGAUAACUACACUGGAAGGGUUUCUGUGACAAAUUACUCUGUGAAACUGAAGAAUCUACAAGCAGCCGACAGUGGAGUUUAUGAUGCACAAGUGUCAGGGGCUAGAGAACGAAUAAUAGCUGAAUACAGCGUCACAGUUCAAGAUCCAGUGUCUCCAGUUGAGCUGAAUGUGGACUCUGUGUUAAGCAGAUCAGACUUUUGUAUCAUCAAUGCAACCUGCAGAACAGUGGACUCUGACAUCAGCAGCAGCUUUAGAUGUAUUUAUCAAACCUGCAAUCAGGACGGAGGAGAACAAUCAGAGACCACCAACUCUGGAGCUUCUCUGCGUAUUAAUCUGUCAAAUGUAUUGAUCUUCUGCAACCACAGCAACCAGGUCAGCUGGACUGAAAUCAUGACAGAGAUUCAUGAUUUCUGCAAACUAGAUCCUGUUUCAGAGAGUCUCUCCAUCUGUCUGGUGAAGACGGUUGUGUUCUCAGUUGGUCUGAUCAUCAUGGUUUCUGCCGUCAUCAGCGUCCACCUCAUGGAGAAGUGCAAGAAGCAAAAAUAAACAGUUCUCUACUUACCAACCUUGCAUGUAAACGUGCGCACCGUUGCCUUUAGAGGAACAGAAUUUCAUUUGGAAAUCUUGAUCUGCCCUUUAUAACUUUAUCACUAUUAGUAGGAUUUUUUUAAUGAGUGAGUUCUUCCUUUCGUAGUUUGUAUCAUAAACAGGACAUACAGUGCUGCACCAAAAAGGCAAAAGUUACUUUGCAGGAUUCAGUGUUUCACAAAUUAGUCAUUGGUAUUGCAGAUGUUUGAUGAGGAAGUAAAUACAUGCAACAGUUAAGUUUGCUUCAGGGACAUGUUCAACAUAUCUUGACAAGCAACAGUUUAGUAACAUGAAUACUGUUUCUUUAUAGAACUCCACAGGGCAAGCUGUAGCAGAAUGAUGCAAAUAUUGAUUAUUCUUUGUUAUUUUUAUUCAUUACUGUGUUCUCCGUGCACUGUACCAAUAAUAAAACUCAUGGGUCAUUCCGUGUGGUUUCACCAGAUGGUGGUUGCUGCACCAUUUUCAGAAAAAAGCGUAAAGAAGAUGAGGAGGAGCAAGAAAGAAGUCGAGAUUCACUUCUGAAAUAUUUAUCUUCCACUCCUGCCACUACUGGAUCAACAGCAGCCUCCACAUCCACCUUUAUGUUCAAUAAAGUGAAAAAUGUUUAAAGUUA